AUGGCCGAUCCAGCACAGGCUCUGGCUCUCGAACAGGCUCGCGCUGCCGAUACCGAGUUUCUGACUCGGCGGUCUAUGACCAAGGGCUAUGAGCUGUUCUCGCUUCUUACGCCGCCUCUGUACACUGCGUUUGUCUUGCUACGGAAGCCGAAGGGGCACUUCAAUGUGAACAGGCUGCUACGCGCGACUUGGUUUGGCGGCGCUACUGGUAUCGCGGCUGGAGGCGCGUUUGGGUAUGUGCGUGCGACGAACACUUCCCCGGAAACCUUGAGGCACCGUAGGAUACAAGCCAUCUAUGAUGCCGACUCUAUGCGCACCGACGACCACGCUACCAUUGGUGCUCUCUUAUUCGCCGUACUGACUCCAGCCAUGUUCUGGAAACGAGCAACUACGAUUCACUUGAUCUUUGGUGGCGCAGGUCUUGGAACAGGCGUAGGGAUGAUCACGCAUUGGGUUCGGCACAUCACAGGUGACCCGGCCCCUCAUAACCCCAUACCUGAAGCUCUCACUGUACCAUCUUCGAAGAACUAG